ACUGGAUUGAAGACUGGGUCUGAGGUCCCUGCUGGAGGAAGGAGGCGAGGAGGAGGAGAAGGAGGGAGGUUUCCCUUGGCCUCUAAGCUGUGAAACCGGAAAACCAAAGCAUGUCACAGGUCAUAGAAUCCCACGUGUUGCGCGUUGGACAGACUGUGUGCAUUUCCUCACCGGAGGAAAGCAAGAGCCUGCACCCAGCAGGGUACCCAGGCUGCUCCACGCUGCCAGGCAAGUACAUCUACUACUCCACAGAGACCUGGACUGAUUCCCCCUCCAUGGUGCACCCCAAGGCUCGGCUGCUCCCCAGCGGGAGAGCGUACGGAGCCCAGCCCGUGCCGGAGCACGCUGCUCACACACAGGGGAAGGACCAGCAGAAUUCCUCCUUGGAGAGACCCCCGUGCCAGCUGAAGGAGGAGGAGAACACCAGCGUGGACCCUGAGGCUCAGCCAAUGUCUCCCUCCCUGGAUGUGACCAUAGAGACUCUCAACCAGAUGAUUCUGGAAAUCGAUCCGACCUUCCAGCCGCUGCCCUGCCGGCCGGUGAAGGACGCAGCCCAGCCUGCUGCUCAGGGUGACACUGUGGCCACCAAGAAGCAGGACCUGGAGGCAGUAGACAUCAAGUACAUAGAGCUGACACCGGGCAGAGCCUCGGGGCCCGACCUGCCACAGGGCUCCCCCAGCCCUUCAGGCACCCCCUUCUCCAGGUCCCCCCAGGCCAACACCUUCCUGCCCCAAAAAGGGACACUUGGAGGCAAAUACAGCACCAGUGACAGCGUGGUUUUCUCGAGCCCAACCGGAUCCUCGAGCCCCCAGUUGGCUGCCCUGAGCUGUAGCAAAACAUCCGAGAGCACCGGUGCACCCUGGCAGUGCCUGGCAGGACACACAGACACAGCCUCCUGCAGCCCCGGGGCUCUCAGCACCUCCCCAGGUGCUGACAAUCUGCUGAAGCCCAUGCAGGUGCUGAGGGCCCGGCAGAGAGGCAGCUGGGUGUCCCAGCUCUCCACCAGCCCUGGCUCUGACACCAGCUACAUCCUGGGCAGCAGCACCCACUCGCUCCACAACGAGGACUCGGACGCUUCCGCCGCUGCCUCCCCAUCCACUGCCAGCUCCCUGGGCAGCCCCUGCUCCCCUUCCUCUGCCAUCCUGCCUCACCCCAGGGAAGCUUUUGCCCAGAGCCCUCCACAACCCCGUGCAGGCAGCUCCCCCAGCACCUCCCUGGCGCAGAAGGGCCAGGCCAGCAGCUGCCCCCCCUCCAUCCUGACCUCCGCCGCCGACAUCCCGGUGCUGCUGGUGAACGGGUGCCUGGAACAAGGAGAUGGACCCUCCCAGCUGGCCAGAGCCAGCCCCAGCUCUGCCACACAGCCCCCCCUGCCCGGCUGCAGCCCAGCCUCCAGGCUUGGUGGCCUCAACAACGCUCAGUCAGCACCUGCACUCAGCUGCCUCUCGGACAGUCCCCUGAAGGCUGGGCAGCCCACCAUGAAGUUUGUGAUGGACACAUCCAAAUACUGGUUCAAGCCAAGCAUCAGCAGGGACCGAGCAAUCCAGCUGCUGAGGGACAAGGAGCCGGGCACGUUCCUCGUCAGGGACAGCACCUCGUACCGGGGCUCCUUCGGCCUGGCCAUGAAGGUUCCUGGCUCUCCAUCCAGCAGCCAGACAGGGGAGGAGAGCAGUGACCUCGUCCGGCACUUCCUCAUCGAGUCCUCCACCAAAGGGGUUCACCUGAAGGGCGCCAGCGAGGAGCUGUACUUUGGGAGCCUCUCUGCCUUCGUCUACCAGCACUCCAUCAUCCCUCUGGCACUGCCCUGCAGGCUCAGCAUCCCCACCCGAGAUCUCGCUGAUGGAGAGGACAGCCCUGACUGUGCCCCCGAAUCUGCGCUGUCCCUGGCCAGGAGAACUGCAGUGUGCAACGUCCUGUACCUCAACUCAGUGAAUGUGGAGACUCUGACAGGAGCCCCAGCCAUCCUGAAAGGCAUCUCCUGCACCUUGGAGCUGGAAACUCUGCCCACCCCCAUCCUGGUGCACUUCAGGGUGACAGAGCAGGGCGUCACGCUGACCGAUGUGCAGAGGAAGGUGUUUUUCAGGCGACACUACCCCUUGGCUGCCAUCAGGUUCUGUGGGAUGGACCCUGAGAACAGAAAGUGGCAGAAGUACUGCAAGUCCUCCAGAAUCUUUGGGUUCGUGGCCAAGAGCCAGACAGACUCGGAGAACCUCUGUCACCUGUUUGCAGAGUACGACACCGUGCAGCCAGUGUCCCUUGUCAUCGACCUGCUCCGCCAGCUCCUGCCCAGCCCAUAGGGACAGAACCCUGGGACACUCAGGGCCAGCAGCUGCCCACACACUGCUGAGCUUCUCCUGCUCCCCUUCUCCUGCUUCUGGGUUGCAUUGGCAACAGCAUGUAUUUAGACUUUUUUGUUAUGCAUCGUCACAUCAGGAGUCUCAGCUAAAGACGUUCAGCUCUGGGAUGAGCUGCUCCUCCAAACCUCUCCGUGGGGAAGGGACCAGAGCUGCCCAGGAGGGACAGCUGUGCUCUCUGUGGAACCACUGUCCAUCUGCUCUGAAGGACCACAGUGCUCUGGCUGUGGCUUCUACCAGCCACAAAUUCCCCUGUUCUUGGGGUGUCUUGGGGUGUCAUGGAGCUGAGCUGAGCUCCCAUCACUGGGGACACAACCCUGAUGCCCCAGUGCUGCAAGAGGGAAAGUUUGGGGGAGGAAUCACCCCCUGAGCAGCACAAAGAGGCAACUUCGCCAAUCAAAGUGUAAAAAAUUACUAAGUCCUGCUGGAAACCUGCUUCCCUCAAGGAGCCAGCAGCAUCCACAGGCAGGAAUGACACAGCAGCGCGUUUUUCCUGGUGCUGGGAAAUUCUCCUGCCCUUUUACACAGCGCAGGGUUGCGGGCGGGCUCGACCUCCCAGCAUUGCGGAG